CUAUUUGCGUAUCGACACUCUAGCGCGCGCUGUUCAAUCUCCGCUGUGAUCGCGGAGGCCGCUCGGGUCCAACGACUCUAUGGUGUGGCGCCUCCCGUCCGGAUUCGGGAAGUAAAGUCCGCGGCGAGUCCCGUUCGAUGCGCGUCCGUGUGGGGCCGCGCUGCUGCGGGAAGGAACCGCUAGGUUUCAUGAGUGUUACUAGGCUGUAGGGAAUUUCUCCUGAAGAUGUACAUGUUGCUUGAAAACCGCACAAGUUCCAUUCUGCAUUUGAAGAGAUCACCUGGCAUCAGAUCUUGGUCUCUCUUUGUUGGAAUAUCUUCCAUAGGUCUGGCUGCUGCUUACUAUAGUGAAGACAGCUUGGGAUGGAAACUCUUCUAUAUAGCUGGGUGUCUCUUUGUGGCUGCACAGAAUCUGGAGGAGUGGGAGGAAGCUGUAUUUGACAAGGACAAGGGAAAAGUCUUCCUUAAAACAUUCAACCUUUACAAAAAAAUACUGACCCUCUCAAAAGCAGGCCAUGAACAAGUGGCAGCUUCGCUGAAUGAGAUUCGAGAUGUGAACGUGGAAGAGGAGAAAGUGCGUUACUUUGGGAAGGGUUACCUGGUAGUGCUACGAUUUGUCACUGGAUUUUCCCACCCUCUGACCCAGAGCGCAGUGAUGGGCUGUAGAAGUGACGUGGAAGCAGUUGCCAAGCUCAUUACCGGGUUUCUGGAACUGAACAAAGUAGAGAACCAUCAAGAUCUGUCGCAGAGCAGUGAAACGGAUGCCAGUGAUGCAGACGAACCCAAGGAAGAGUAUUAACCGUGAUAAUGAAAUUAAAAAAGCUGAGCCCUCUGAAUGCUUGGAAGCUGUAUUGGCUGCAUUGCAUCUAAGAAGUCCCCUCAUGAUUUGGUGGCUUGGUGUCUUCCCUACGUGUGGGAAUUCCUCUGCCGCGACAGCUGCAAAAGUCUGAGUUGGAGUGCCUGCUGAUGCCGAAUUGCUUUAAAUUCCUGCACCCCCAUAAACUGUUCUUCAACUGGAAGCUUCAGUAUGGAUUUGUUCAUGCAUGGCUUGCAUAGAAUCCAAAGCAAAUACUAUUUUACUUUGCCUUAUAGUUUGUAGGUGUUGAUAAUGCUGGCUUUGGAACUUUGUCAGCGCCUCAUAAUUACCUAGGAAAAAUGAUGUACUAAUGAAUUGGUUUUAACUAGUUGAUUGCAUUCCACAGUUAUCAAGGUGAUAGUCGCAUAUUUAAACUUCUGGUUGCUGUAAAUAUCCAUUGCAGGUACAGUGUAUCUGGACUUAGGAAGACUGAAUUAGUGACUUUAUAUUAUAAUGUCAGAUUCUGUUACUCUUUUUUAAAGGAAAACUCCAAUGUGGUACAUAUAUUUAAUUCCUGUCAUUAAAUUCAAAGAGUUAAUCACUAAAAAAAAAAAAUUGUUUUUAAGCAUCUUAAAAUAGUAAAUAAU